AUGGCAGCUGGUCAAGGGUCUUCCGGUGUUAACUACACGAGAAAUGGCCUCACGUGGAGCGAUGCUGUCCGAAUGAACGAAAUUCAGGUCGUCGGGACGCAUAACAACUACCACCUGGAGUCGCCUCCCGAGGCAAAGGAAGUGCAGGCCGAGUUGCUCGACGAUGUCAUCAAUUACUACUAUUCACACGCCGCGCUCGACGUCCAGGCAUCCUACCAAUCGGUGCGCAGCUUUGAGCUGGACAUAUUUGCCGAUCCCGAAGGCGGCAGAUAUGCCCAGCCACUGGUGGUCACAAGGUCCAAGACUGAACUGCCACUGCAGGAAGUGAUGAACCGGCCAGACACCAAAGUGCUCCACGUCGCGGAUGCUGAUGUCUGGACGACCUGCCACACGCUGAUGGAGGGCCUGACAGUCGUCAAGAAGUGGUCGCAAGCGCAUCCCCGGCACGUGCCCAUCCCGAUCAUGCUCGAAUUCAAGACGGCCGAGACGGGCAGCGGCGGCGGCACCGAGCCGCUACCCUGGAACGACACGGCGCUCCUCGACGGCCUCGACGCCGAGAUCCGCUCGGUGUUCUCGCCGUCGGAGCUCAUCACGGCCGAUGACCUGAAGCGCGACAACCUCACGCUCGAGGAGUCGGUCCUGCAACACGGCUGGCCGGACCUGGACUCGGCACGCGGCCGCGUCUUCUUCCUCAUGGACAACAGCCCCGGACCGAUCCGCGACGCGUACACGGCCGGGCGGCCCAACCUCGAGGGCCGCGUCGUCUUCACCAACUCGGAGCCCGGCAACGCCGACUGCGCGUUCCAGAAACUUAACGACCCGCGCGGCGAGGCCAACCUGGCGAAUAUCCGCGCCCAGGUCCGGGCGGGCUAUUAUAUGCGCACGCGCGCCGACGAGCCGCUGACGACGGUCUUGGGGAACGACACCACCUCCAUGCGGGAGUCGGCUUUCGCGAGCGGGGCGCAGAUCGUCAGCACUGAUUUUCCCAGCUAUGGGCCGAGCAGUCGAUGGCAUGUGGACUACGCGGUCAGAUUGAAGGGUGGCAGGGCGGCGCGGUGCAAUCCAGUCACUAGGAGGUCUAAUUGUGAUGGUCAAGCGUUGGAGCCGGAGGAGUAUGUGCGCAAUUGA